CAAAUAUCUUUCUUCCCUCUUCCUCCAUUAUCUUUCUUUCUCUCUUCCUCUGUCUGAACCUUUUGGCUCUUUCUAUACCCUUUUUCUUCCUCCUUUCCUCUCCAUCUCCCUCUUCCUUUUAAGAUUCUCAAAUGGCACUUCAAUCUCCAGCAUCUCUUCUUCUUCAUUUCCUUGUUCUCUUCAUCACAACACUUUCCCUUCACUCUAAUCUAUCUUUCUCAGCUUUGCUACUAAGUUUAAGGCACCACCAUCAGCACUUGAAGAGUGAGAGACCAAUGAUUCAUGCAAACCAAAGCAACUGUGCAUUGUUUGUUGGAAACUGGGUUCAUGAUGAUUCAUACCCUCUUUACCAAUCUUCAAGCUGCCCCAUGAUUGAUCCUCAGUUCAACUGCCAAUUGUAUGGUAGACCUGAUUCUGAUUACCUCAAAUACAGAUGGAGGCCCCUCAAUUGUGAUCUUCCAAGGUUCAAUGGAGGUGAAUUUCUGAUGCAAAUGAGAGGGAAAACAGUGUUGUUUGUGGGUGAUUCACUUGGGCAUAACCAGUGGGAAUCAUUGAUCUGUAUGCUAUACACUGCAGUUCCUCAGUCUCAGUCUCAAACCCAGAUGGUUAAGGGAGAGCCUCUCUCAACCUUCAGAUUCUUGGACUAUGGUGUAACCAUUUCGUUUUAUAAAUCUCCAUUUUUGGUUGAUCAUUGGUGGACUCAUGAAGGCUCUCUUCAAGGAUGGGAUUACAUAGAAUUAGGAGGGAAAUACUAUCCAAACAUGGAUCGUUUGGCAGCUUUGGAAAGAGGACUAAGAACAUGGGCUAAUUGGGUGGAAACUAAUAUUGACAGAACCAGAACCAAAGUAUUCUUCUUGGGAAUUUCUCCUACUCACACCAACCCAAAUGAAUGGAACAAUGGAGUAACAGGAGUGACAAGAAAGAGUUGCUAUGGCGAAACAGAACCAAUAAGUGCAACAUCAGCCACUGCAUACCCAGGUGCUGAAUAUCCUGAGCAAAUGAAGGUUAUUGACAUGGUCUUAAGAGACAUGAAGAAUCCACCUUCCCUUUUGGACAUAACAUUGUUAUCCGCAUUUCGAAAAGAUGGCCACCCUUCGAUCUACACCGGCGAUUUGAGCCCUCAGCAACGAUCUAAUCCUCUUUACUCAGAUUGCAGCCACUGGUGCCUCCCCGGCCUGCCGGAUACUUGGAACGAAUUGUUCUACACUGCUUUGUUCUACUAAACAUUUUUCAGCCGAAACGACGAAAAAUCAAAACAGGUAUCCUUCACAGGAGGCAAUGCCGUUCGAGUUGAGAAUAUCUGCAUCUUUCUGGGGUUGGCUCUUCGGAUGAGAAUGUUUUCCGGCGCACAAGACUCGGAGCUUGGAGCCGAGACCCGAUUAAGACGAGAAUCGAGCAUGUACUACUUGAAUCAGCCCUGGUGGUUAACUAAAUUAGUUAUAUAUGUUUUAGAAGCUUAAUGAUUAACAAUACAUUUUCCUUAGCUUCAUUUUUUUUCUUUUUUAUAACUUUUAAAUUUGUAGGUAAAUGCCAUUUAUUUGGAUGGUUGCAUGAUGGAUAACUGUUUAAUCUGUACAGAUAUUCUAGUGAAAUGAGAUAAUUCUUUUUUCUUCAUUA